AUGCUGACUCCUAAACACCAACAAGCCGCUGCAACCAGAUCCAGUCUUCCCUGCUGCUGCCGCUCCUGGAACUUGGUCGUCAAGGCAGCAUCAUCUGAAAGCAUAAACGGGAUCAGCAAAAUAACGACGGAGCGCAAACCGGAACCAGCCUCCUUAACCACGUCGAUGAUCAUCUCGUCGUCAGAGUCGUCAUCGAUGAAACCGUCUUCAUCCGAGCCUGAGCGCUGA